AUGGUUCACCAAACUCGCACACCCAGCAAGGCCAUCCCGGCCAAGCACCUGAGUCCCAUGCGGACCGUUGAGGGUCUGGGCGGCAAGUACGCCGUAUCCAGCAGUCCGGCGGACAGUUUCCUGCGCAGCACGAGGCUCACGGUUCAGAGCAGCUCGCAGCAGCAGUCGGCGGCCUUCAAAUACAACCAGAUGGUCGCCAACAAUCGGGAGCAGUUCAAUAACCUGCACUUCUGCUAGGAAACGGAAGGGUACUAUUGCCACCGCCACUGGAGAGACCGAAUUGAAGAAGAAAAAUAUCACUAUUAUGGCGAUUAUUUGUCACAACACAUAAAUGCAAUAAAUUCAUUUAUAAAAAUUUCCACA